AUGGCACUCAGCAACCAGGACUUUCGGCAGCUGCUGAACGCAGCAGAUGCUUCAGUACUCGCCACCACAAGAGAACAGAAGAAAAAGCCGCAACAACAGCAGCAGCGCCCUCCUGGGCACGUAAGUGCAGCUCAGCAGCGGCGUCGUGAGAGGUACAUUGAGAUUCUCAAGCGAAAACAGCAGAAGAACCAGAAAGAUGCGGAGGGCACCAGCGGUGGUGGAGGGUACCGAGACAGAGCCGAUGAGAGGCGAAAGCAGAAGCAGGCAUUUUAUGCGCAUGUCGCUGAGGAAUUGGCUGAAAUAAAAGAAAGAUCAGUGGAGGAGUCCAAAUUCUUAGGAGGAGACAUCGAGCACACCCACUUGGUGAAGGGUCUCGAUUUGGCGUUGCUGGCGAAGGUGCGAGGCGAGCUGAGUAAAGAGCAACAGCGCAAGCCCAAGACAGAGGAGGCUCCACAGGACAAGUUAAGAGGGAAGGCGGCUCUCCAGAUCCAUAACCCACGGCUCCGUAGGGCCUUCCACCUCCUACUGGAUACUCUACAUCCCCAUGCCGCCAGGUUUAGGGACAAACUGUCGAAUUACGAGAUGCGCAUUAUGACUGGUCUGUCGCUCCCGGCUUCAAGUGCAAGAGACAGCUUUGGCAAUGGGUGUCUGUCAUACAGCUUUCUGGUGGGUCCUGGGGCCUCCUCAGGCGGCUUUCUUCCCACUUUUCUCAGACGCAGCGCGCUGCUGCAGGAGGCUGACGGCACCAGCAGCCAAAGGGAGAAGGCCAAGGCAUCGGCGGCCCCCAUCCAGACCAAGCUUCUUAAGGAAUUGACCGAGGCCCUGGCAUGGCAUCGGGAGAAUCGAAAAAAGAAGAAGGAGGAGAGACUUCCAAGAAGACCAACGGGUCGGCAGGCGGCUUCAGGGGGGCGAGACGAAGGUGGAGAAGCACAGGCAGAUGCUGACAUCUUCUCUGGCGUCGGCCGCUUCGAUGCGAGUGCCGUGCUCGCGGAAGUAGCGGCAGAGGCGGCAGGAGGCAAGGUUAGGGAAGGAGACGCGAAAACAGCCGACUGGAUUCGUGAGGAGGGGGAGAUGGAGCUCGAUGACGAACAGCCGUUGUCCACAAGUGCCAACGAUGCGCCAUAUGACAGAGGUCAGCUAUUGACACGAGGUGGUGCUGACAGCGAAGACGAAGAUGGCGACUCAUCAAUGCAGAUAAUGGACACGGGGGAGUACCGAGACGUGAUUAAUCCUAAGAGAAGCCACAAAAAAGCCCUCCACCAGUUCCCUUCUCAGGCGGCAUACGAGGAAUACAUGAGCUCCAUUGAGUUUGUGCCCAAGGGCGCGUAUAGCUACGGUAGGCGCCUUGCAGGAGAAGACUUCAAUCCUGGAAAGAAUAAGAAGAAACCUAAACUAAACCCAGACCAGGAAUGGAAGGCCAUUGAAAAAAUAAUUGCGGAGAAGCACAAAAAGUAA